AUGAAGUGGCUCGACAGCUUGAAAGCGGCCGUACCCGGUCUGCUCGCCUCGCCAGGGGCUGACAACGUGGACGCGUCACAGUCUGUCUUAAUUGACGAUGCCGCGAGCAAUGUGAGACAGGUUGCCAUCAUAGGCGCGGGUGCUGCCGGCUCUUCCGCCGCAUACCAUUUGUCAAAAUAUGCAUCUGAUGCUGGCGUUGAACUCAACAUCACUAUUUUUGAGAAGACGGACCACAUCGGUGGCCGAACUCUGACGGUCGACGCCUACGGCAUCCCAUCCGAACCAGUCGAAGUUGGCGCCAGUAUCUUCGUCGAUGUGAACAAGAUUCUGUGGAAUGCCACCCAGGACUUCGAUUUGGAGCUCCGGGAUCCCAACAGCGACGCCGACCGACUCACAGUUAUCUGGGACGGCGAUCAGUUCGUGUUUGAGUCCGCAGCUAGCAGCUCAUGGUGGUGGGAUACGGCGAAGCUGCUGUGGAAGUACGGUACGUCGCCGUACAAGGCACAGAAGCUCAUGCAGUCAACAGUGGCAACGUUCCUCAAAUUGUAUGAGGAGCCAUACUUCCCUUUCAGGUCGUUGAGCACGCGUGCCUUUGAGUUGGAUCUGACGAAAGUCACUGGUGCCACGGGGGAGCAGUUCCUGGCCGACAACGGCGUCUCGGCGGCAUUCUCACAUGAUAUAGUUGAGGCCGCUACGAGAGUCAACUAUGCAUCUAACCUUGACUCUAUUCAUGGCCUUGACACGAUGGUAUCUAUGGCCCCUGAGGGAGCCAAAGCCGUGGUUGGCGGCAACUGGAAGAUCUUCGACCGCAUGGUCGCAAAGUCGGGGGCUCAUGUCUACCUGAACACGUCGGUCUCUUCUGUGUCUGUGGGAUCGAAGCCAGGAGCGGCAAACCUCAAGUACUUGGUGAACGGAGGUUCGGCUGGUGUUGCAUUUGACAAUGUUGUCCUCGCCACACCUUACCAAUUCAGCGACAUCAAGACCUCGGACGACGUCCUCCAGACUGCCAUCGACGAGGUCCCGUACGUGAAGCUAUACGUCACUCUGUUCGCCUCUCCGUUCAGACUCAGCGCGGAGUACCUUGGCCUCAAGCCCGGUGCUCAGGUUCCUACGAGCGUCCUCACUGCUUUCGCCAAGGCUGCCGAUGGCAGCUCCGGUCUUGAGGGCGCGGGCAAGACGGGAAUCUUCUCCAUCAGCACGCUUCGUUCCGUCACAAACCCAUCGACAGGCAAGACGGAAUAUCUGUACAAGAUCUUCUCACCCAUGGAAGUCACAUCCGAGUUCCUCUCGACUGUCCUGGGCGUCGAGGUCCCUAAGACGCUCACCGGCGCGGCCCCUGCUGCCACUCCUGCGGCAGACGACGAUACGGUGGCCGUGGAGCCCGUCUCGUGGGUUCACAAGCACGUCUUCCACUCCUAUCCCAGGGCCCUACCGCGGGUCACGUUCCAGGACCCGAUCGUUGGCAACGGAGUCUACUACACGUCUGGCAUGGAAGGUUUCAUCUCCACAAUGGAAACGAAUGCUUUGAUGGGCAAGAACGUGGCCAGGCUGAUUGUUGAUGAUGCGUUGGGACUGAGCACAGGGCAUGCGGUGACCGAGGAGAAGGAGACGGAGAGCAUGGAAGCUGACGAGACUGUUGUCGUGGCGGCGGAGAGGGAGACGGAAGCCAAGACCGAGGAGUCUCACGCGGCUGCUGAGGAACUCUAG